AUGGAGUUGUCAGUCGCGUCGCUGGCGUCGAUGACUGCGGACAAGAAACCGUUCCCGUUUUUUGACCUGCCAUCGGAGUUACGCAUCAAGAUAUACCAAUACGUGCUGUUCAUAGACCAUGCUAGUGUCGUGGAUCUAGAUGUGUUCAACGACAGGAGGAUUGCGCCGCGUCUGACUUGCUUUCGCGCUUGUCGGCGCAUGCAUGAGGAGGCAUAUCCUGUCUUCUAUGGCUCGCCACAGCGACCCUUCAGACUAUUUCCAACUGGUGGAAACAUGUACAGAUACAAGAAGCCGUUGCCUGAGCUUCUUACUCCGACAUAUCGAGGUGCCAUCAAUACGAUGGAGCUUCGCCUGGGUCCAGGCUGGGAGAGGGUUCCCAAAUCCUGGCACACUGGUCCAACAGUAGGCCUCACCGACUGUGUAUCCCUGCGCAACCUCAAAGUCUUCGUACAAAUCGAUCCCACCGAUGCGACCUUCAAGGGACACCAUGGAAAAGGCAAUGAUCAAUUUACAUACAUGAAUCUCUCGGUGGGCUGGUUACAAGCCGUACUCGAGCAGGCGCCUAGCAUUCUCAAGGUCGAGAUUGACUCAUGGGAGGGGGUCGACAUCAAUUCACCGAUGCUGAAUGCGCUGGCUUCUGUGGUCUUGACAGCCGACAAGAAGCUGACUUGGGGUCCUCAGCGCUUGAAGAAGAUUGAGCGGGAGAGAAGUACACAGUUGCGAUGGGGCUUGACUUGCGGCAUGGACCAACUGGGGGAUCUCAUGACGGCCAUGGUCAUUGGAGACUCAAGGAUGUACAGUUUCUGA